GACAAGCCAUAUGUGUGUCAUUAUAUUAUUGGAUUCUUUUGGGGUUAAACAAUUAACUUCUUUAGGUUGCCUUUUUUUCCUUCCCCCUUUGCUUUGGUUCUUUUCUUUGAGCAUUCUUCUUUCUUGCCAUACUUUAUAAAGCUUUGUAGGACGUCAAUUAUUUUUAGUACAGUCUAAGAAUUUAUCCCCCUUUAUUUUCCAAAUCUUUGAAAAAAGGAAUAGUUGGGAUGUGUUGGAAAACAACACGUGUAGGGUUGCAGAAGUUGUUCUUUUGCCUUAGUGGGAUUUCUUUAUGACCCAAAAAAAUCAAAGGGAACAUAACUAAUUAGAUUGAUAGAGUGAAAGUGAACACUAAUUUUGAUUGAGUGGCAGCACCCAUCACUAGUAGGGAAAAAAAAGCUUUGGUAGAUUGAAAGUGGACUCCCACCUUAUGCCACCAAGACUGGUCAUCUUUGUUUUUGCUUUGUGUUAUUAUUAUGAUCAUGUUAAUCCAAUUCCUAAUUCUAAUCAUUACUUGAUUCAUUUUUGCCCACUAGUCCUAUUGUUGACCUCCUAAUCAAAAGAUCCAUGAGACCAUGGAUGGUCAACAAGAUAGUUGUGUCUUUUGAUUAAUCAAGGGUUAUCAUCAUUUUUAGUGCAUAAUGUUGUAAUUUAUUCAUUUUUUUUAGCUCUUAUCUGGUCAUGUGUCUUUUCAUACCCGUAAUAUUUAGGUAAGCAGGUAUUUGGGUAAAAACAUAUCACUGAUAUUUUUUAUCAGCAUAUACGAUUUACGAAGUCAAUCUCACUGCACUAGUCAGGUCUGUCGUUACUAAAUCCUAGAUGGGGUCGGAAACAUAAGCGCGAUGUGAGAUUUAGAAGUUGGGUUGAGGGGCAAAGCAGAAUAACUUACUAAGUAUGAGAUUUCAUCCGACUUACUUGUAAACAAAUUGGAUAGGAUUUCUAAUAAAGAAAUAAACAAAAUAAGACAUUGUACCAUAUAUAUUAUUAAGUAUCAUAAUAUAGUGUCUAGGGUUUGUUCAUGUGACAUCAUACAUGACUAUAGGUUCCAUUAGCCCUUUGUGUUUAGCAUAUGCUCUAAUGAAAUGGGAGGAAUGAUAUCAACGUCCGUUGAAAGAGCAUCUUCCCCUUUUCAUUCGUUCAUCAUUCUCUUUCAAUCAUAUGAUCAAUAGGAAGAUCUAGUUCCAUUUGUGCUUUCAAGCAAAGCAUAGUUAGUUGUCAUUCCCAAUUCUAUAUGCUCCUUCAUACCUUUGUGUGUCUAAUUCAAUGUAUCCAUUAUUAACAAAGCACAAAUUUUGGUUCCAAGAUCCUUUGUUUUCUUAGCGGCCUAUGCCCUUUUUUCUGUAGUUGCCUCUUAAGUUGGUUAGGUUUCUGUUCCUUGGCUUGCAAAUAAUUACAUGAUUUGAUUAAUGCAGAUAGUACUGUUCUUUAUUCCACCAGCACACAAGGAGAACAAUUCUAAACUGUCAUAAUUAACAACUCCUGAAGAAGUCAAAAGGGUCGAUUAAAAAGAACACUGAGAUAGUGUUUUGAGUGUAGAUGAUUAGAGUAAUGGAUUAAGUUGACCAUUUAGCAUUCUAAUCUUUGCUUGCUGCAGGGGUUUGCCAUCUUGAUGGAGUCGGUGAUCAAAGGGAUAAACCCAACGUGAAGCAGCACCUCAUGGCCUCAUACAAUGCAAUACUAGCACCAAAGUUGAAAUCCGCUUGCUUGGAAGCCACGCCAAAGGAAUCCAACCUCAUCAAAGGCCAUACUGGCACCAAUUCAUCCACAAGACACUUGGGGAGAGGGAGAGAAGACCAGAGAGUUGGCAUGACCGUGUGGUUCAACCAGUUCACCGUCCUCCUCCACAGGAGCCUGAAGGAGCGGAGGCACGAGUCCUUCAACACCCUCCGCGUCUUCCAGGUCUUUGUUGGUGCCCUCUUGGCGGGUCUGAUGUGGUGGCACUCCGAUUUUCGAGACAUUCAGGAUCGGUUGGGCUUGUUGUUCUUCAUAUCCAUCUUCUGGGGUGUGUUGCCUGCUUUCAACGCGGUUUUUGCCUUUCCACAAGAGAGGGCCAUCCUCAUGAAGGAGCAGGCGUCUGGGAUGUACAGCCUCUCCUCUUACUUCAUGGCUCGAAUCGUGGGUGAAAUGCCCAUGGAGCUAGCUCUUCCAACCAUCUUCAUAACCAUGGCCUACUGGAUGACCGGGCUAAAGCCCGACUUGGGCGCAUUCCUCCUCACCCUACUCAUCUUGUUGGGCUACGUGCUCGUGUCUCAAGGUCUAGGUCUUGCCCUGGGGGCAGCCAUCAUGGACGCCAAACAGGCAUCCACGAUGGCUAAUGUGACGAUGCUAGCGUUUGUGCUUACCGGAGGGUUCUACGUUCACAAGAUCCCGACCUGCAUGGCGUGGAUCAAGUACAUCUCGAGCACCUUCUACACUUAUAGAUUGUUCAUCAACGUUCAGUAUGGCAACGGGGAGCAAAUUGCAAAAGCAUUUGGUUGCUCGGGGCGAAAUGGUAACAACUACAGGGAUGUUGGACCAGAUUGCAAGUUUAUCAGAGAAGAUCUAGAAGGACAAAUUAGCCCUUGGGUUUGUGUUGGAGCAAUGGUGCUGAUGUUUGUGGGUUAUAGAGUUUUGGCUUACCUAGCAUUAAGGAGGACUUGACCAGAUAAUUGAUGGCUUUAAUUUGGGUGAAUCAAAGACAUAGAUUCUUCUUCAAGUGGUGACCAAUGGUGAAAAGAAGAGACAUUGGUGGUAGAUCGGGUAUUGUGAAGCACUACAACAAAAAGGGUGGUUGAAUUUUUUUUCCCAAAGUGUUCAAUUCAUGUAUUUGGUUCUUUUUCUUUUUUUACUCUUUUCAGUUGGAUAAUUGUAGUCCUGAGAGGUCCAUAGGCUAACUGUAAUUGAAGAAUAAGUGACUCUUCAUUCACAUGUAAUUGUAAAAGAAUUUAGAAACAUAAAUAAAUAAAAAUUCGCUUUCCAAGCAGUAACCAACAAUGUUCACUAAAGAAAUUUCGAUUUUGACUCAUUCCUAUAGCACAAGUAUUUGAUGAGGUCGAGUAGCAGUUCGUGCUAAUAACUUGAAUUAUUGAAAGCUGUUUAAAAAGCAAGAGAUUACAUCAUUUAUUUACACUCCCACUUAACCAUAUUUCAAAGAUUUAAAAACAAUAUGUUAUGUAACUUCCAGAUUCAAAAACAGUGAUUAUACGAGUCAACCAAGUCCUUGCUCGCUGCAACAUUGAGCCAUUCUUUGUUUAAUUACUCCAACUAAUGUAGGUUCCUAGACAAGUAGUUCUUACUUAAUACACAAAACUUUGUUUUUUCUAGUUCCAGGUAAUAACAAGAGAGAAAAGUUAGAAGGAAAUCAUCUACCCAUGAACUUUUUUAAGGUAAUAACUUCAUAAUGAAGACACCCUACAAAAACGAAGAAAACUAACUCUAAAGAGGGUUGCAACAGGAUUUUACAUAUAAACUCUAUGAACAACU